AAAUUGCGUAAAUAACUUGGAACGGAGUUGCUAAACACUGCCACGAGUGAACUUGACCGAUUUUACAGAUUUAAACCUGGUUGUAGUCAUUUAAAAGCCGUUAUGGCUUCAGGGGAAGGAUUUAAGGUAUCAUCUUUGAAAGACAAAGUGACUUUGAUCACAGGUGCCAGCUCGGGCAUCGGGGCAGGGACAAGCAUCAUGUUCGCUAAACUUGGUGCCUUGCUCGCAUUGAACGGGCGCGACGUGGAAAACCUCACCAACGUAGCAAAACAGUGCACGGACCUGGGUGCUGCGGAGCCCUUGCUUGUACCAGGGGACCUGACCAACGAGGACACCGUAAAGAAGACAGUGGAACUGACCAUUGCCCACUUUGGCCGGCUGGAUGUGCUGAUCAAUAGCGCUGGCAUUCUGGCCAUGGGCAGCAUUGAGACCGGUGACCUGGCUCAGUAUGACAAGGUCAUGAACGUCAACGUCAGAUCAGUGUACCAUCUGACUCAGCUGUGUGUGCCCCACCUCGUCAGGACUAAGGGUUCUAUUGUCAAUGUGUCCAGUGUCAACGGGCAACGAUCAUUCCCAGGUGUCCUUGCCUAUUGUAUGUCCAAGUCCGCUAUUGACCAAUUCACACGAUGCAUAGCACUUGAACUAGCGUCGAAGCAGGUGCGAGUGAACUCUGUCUGUCCUGGUGUGAUCAUAACAGAUGUCCACAGGAGAGCAGGCCUGGAUGAGGAGCAGUAUGCUCAGUUCCUUGAGAAGUGUAAGCAGACCCACGCCCUGGGGAGACCAGGUGAGGUGGAGGAGGUGGCCCAUGCCAUAGCCUUCCUGGCGUCAGAUGCUGCCACCUUCAUUACCGGGGUCAACCUACCUGUGGAUGGGGGGCGCCACGCCAUGUGUCCAAGAUAAUAUCCUGUGACAUGAUCAUUGACUGGCAGCCGAUACAAAUCUGAACUGUCUCCCUUGGUUUGUGUCAGUUAAAAAAUAUAUAUUUUGAGUGGAGACAGACAGAAUAUAAUGAAAUGUAUAGUAUGCCCUAGUCUGCUAUAAAAGUGAAAUCAUGUCAAGAUCCUUUAGUUCUUCUGUGUUCAACUAGAUGACUGUACGCUUAGAUGGGAGAUUGGGUUUCAAACUGGAACAUGAGUGCCCUCGUGGUGAAGAUGUGAAAUAAGAAUUUUUACACUUUAAAAAGGAAAACUUUUCAUGUUUCAGUUGCAAUAAUGUGCUGUUUUACAACAACAACAAAAAGCCUCGGUGUAUGCACUAUAAAAAUAAUGAAUUCAAUAUUUUAUUGACAACUUUUAUUGAAAACUAACUCCGUUCAAGGUGUCUUUGUAGCUAACAAUUUUAAAUGUUAAAACACAAUGGUCUUCUUGGGUUUCAAAUAUUUAUUGAACACCUGAAUGUUGAAGAAAAGGAAAGUGAAAACUAGAAGCUGCAAUAUUUUGAAGCAGACAGAGGAUCUGCAAAGAUGAAUGAAUGAGCAUUAUAACCACUAACAUCUAUCCAUUAACCUACACAAAAAUCUGCUCUCUCACUCAGAUGUGUUAAAGUAAUGAAUGAAAUGCAAAUGGAGGGCUCUGAGUUGUGUGAUGAGAGGUAUUCUGAGUUUAUGGUUGGUUGGUCUGUAAAGUAUCACAAACAUGGUCAACAAUAAGGUGUAAAACAGUAAGUGUAAAAGCAUUAAACGGUCCAAAUACAGUACAGUUUUCAAAAAAAAAAAGAUAACGAAAUCCAUGAAGCCCCAAAUGUAUGCAAAAUAACAAAAAAUGCUCUGAUGAUGGGAAGUGUAAUAGAUGACAAAGUCGCAAAACCCAUGGACAUUAAAUAACAUAAAUUAGCAUGUUGGGAUCCACUGUAUACAACAAAAAGCUUUGCAUAAUUAUAUACAUUCAACAAGUAAUAAAAACAAGACCUAAAUCUUCAAUAAUAGCUUCCGACUCGGACAAAGGGGAUACAAUGAUGAUGCAGGGGGAAAACGCUGUUUUGUUAGCUUGAAAAGUGAGUUUGAUUUUUAAAAAUUACUUGCAUUCGUAAUGUAUAAAUAAUAUUCCAUUUUAAAGUAUAAAAGGCAUGUAGAUAUAUUCUGUCAAGAUUAAACAAGACCCACCACGGGA